AUGUCAGGGUGCGUUCUGAAAUGUACUGACAGUACUGCAAAAGUAAUUAUAUCUCUCUUAGAUACGUAUGGUUGUAUAAGGACACAGCGUUGGUUACAGUACUGGCAGUACAUUUCGGAACGCACCCUUAAUAAGCAAUGCAUGUAUGUGCAUGCUAGUGCAUAAGUACAUACACUAGAAACAUCGGUAUUCAAACGCGCUUUCUUCUGUGUAGUGAACCUGCAUAGGGUUCGUCUUGUAGGAAAAUAUUCUAUUCAUCCUAUUGCCAAUGGUUUUUUUGUCGAAGGUAUUGAAUGGUUUUUCCAUCUAUUUCCAUUGAUUUACCAUACAUCUUUGAUUAUUCGAACACCUGUGUCCGCCAAUUACAUAGUUCGAAUAAUCGACAUUCUACUGUAUUUAUAUCAAUUUGUAUCCUGCAGUCAGAGACCAAAUCAAACGCCGUGACCAAUAAUAGCUAUGGUUGUCAACGUUUAGUUUCCUGUAAAUAUAUUUCCCCUGGUACAGUGCAAUGAACACAUUACUACUACUUUUCUGAUUCCAAAUCGAACUUCAAAUGGUGUUAUCUUUACCAUAGUUGAGAAAAAGUACCUUGUCUUUUAAGUUUAUGGUCGUUUAAUGCAGCAGUACUGCAGCUACAGUAUUUUUCUUAGUGACAAUUUUCAAACUGAAUAACUUAGAUACAUAAUUAAGAAAAAUGGAAAUAGAAGUCAUGGAUGAUAUUCAUGAGAGAAUGCAAGUUAAUAAUACGGUAGUGCGUGUGCCAGUUAAGCAUACAAAUCUGGGUAUACGGAGCCAUGCAAUGGACAUGAGCACAAUGGUUGAGUUAACAUCUUUCAGUACGCUGGGAAAAAUACAGCCAUUCCUUGUCACAAUAUCAACUACAGCAGCUGUCAUAGUAGAUCUUCAUUGUCAUCUGACGGACAAAGAGGUCUGUGGGUACUUGGGUGGACAUUGGGAUAUAAAUGCUCACAAUCUGGCAAUAACUACUGCAUUUCCGUGUCGUAUUUUUGGAAGGGAUAAGAUCACUGCUGCUUCUGUAGAAGCUGAGAUUGCUCGGACUAUGGAAUGGAAACGAUUGACUCCUGUUGGCUGGUAUCAUUCUCAUCCACGGUCGCAUGCUUCACCUUCCUUACGAGAUGUUGAUUCACAGCUGGAUUACCAAAUAAAAAUGAAGGGUCCUAGCGAUAACGGAUAUACACCGUGCAUAGGGUUGAUAUGCUCUCCGUACAAUGUCGACAGCAGCUGCUACGAGUCUAACUUCAACGUUUUCUGGUCUCUUCCGCCUCCUGAGAAUCGACCUCACGAAUAUCCUCGACCGAUGCUUCUGAGUUACUCUCUCUCGCAGGAACACUUUCUUUCACAGGACGCACUCGAGGAGAUCAAAAGAUGCGUGGAAUUUUAUAAGAACGAAAACGGAAUAGAUUUCAGCGCUAUAUUCACUGGAAACAUUACUUACCUCGAUCGCUUACGAACUUCCCUAGCAUCGAAGCUUCCUGGACGUAAUCAGGCGAAUCCUUCCUAUUGGGACACAAUUCGUGAAAUGGUAUGCCCAGGCUCAGAAGACACGUCGCCAGAGCCAUUCCCUGCAGUCAAGUUUCCAUUGGUUUCCGAUUCUAUGACGCAGCCGACGGGUACUCUCAAUCCUAACAAUCUCUUCUUGGCACCGGUUACGUUCAAAUCCGAGAGUAGUACUGGAGUAACAAUUCCAAAACCUUUUGGAGUGCCGUCAACUUCCAGAGAUAAUUGCAAGAGCGAAGGUACCUCCGACGGAGCAACUACAGUGUCGAUGUCAGUGGGAUCAGUUCAGAUGAAGGAUACGAAUUUGACGCUGAAGCACAAACUGCCGACGGAUACGAUCCCGACAUUCCAGUCUGGUGAAUUAACGGUGUCCGUAAAGAAUUCCAAGUGCGAUUACGAUUUUUCCGUUGCUGAUUUUUCAAAAGUGACAAACUUAUUAACCAACGAUUCCAUGCUCAAAGGGCGGCCACCCACGGAAUUUCCAUUGGCUGACAUAGCGCAGGUCAGUAAGUUCUCUGAAUUGUCGAAACUCGCGAGUCUCUCCACGGCCGACCUGGCGAAACUCUCUGGAUUCGCUCUGAACGAUUUUACGAAAUCCCCGUCUACCUAUGUAAUUGCCAACUUGUUCGGACCGCCAAUAAGCAAAGGUCCAAAGGAUCAUCAAAUAGCGGACGGAAGUGAACAUCCUUGUAGAACGGUCGAGGAAUUUUGCAACGAACGCAAGAAAGAUCGCCCAUCAAUGGAAUCCAGUGAUGGUAAAAAAUUGAGAACGGAUUAUCCCGAAGAAAUAUCGAUUUCCAACGUAAAACCGGAUUUUGGCGCAAUGCUGGACAUGAGCACAAUACAUUGUAAGAAACAAUCGUCUAGCGAGACCGACGAUUCAUUGAAUUUAUCGAAAGACUGCCGUUAAUAAUUUCAUUAUCUUUUACCACGAAGGACUCUAAUCAUAAGAGAUUUGUAUGAAAACAAGGAAGAAACAAUUGAAACGUAAUAAUAAGAGUUUUAAGAAA